GCAGAGUUUGGAAAGAAGGGGCGAAAAGUUUGCAUCGGGGCUGGAUUUUAUUUGCACAUCGCAGGAAGAGGAGAAUCCAACGGAGAGGGGUUGGUGCAAAGCCGCGAUCACGGAAUUCAGAUGUGUUCUAAGCCCGCUGGAGUGACCACACUUCCCAGACCUGAUGGAGGCCAGAGCUCAGAGUGGCAGCGGGUCCCAGUCCUUGCUGCAGGCGCCCCGUGACAUUGGCAGGCAGCGUGGGGAGCCCGACCCCAGAGAUGCCCUCACCCAACAGGUACACGUGUUGUCUCUGGAUCAGAUCAGAGCCAUCCGAAACACCAAUGAGUACACAGAGGGGCCUACUGUGGUCCCAAGACCUGGGCUCAAGCCUGCUCCUCGCCCCUCUGCUCAGCACAAACAGGAGAGGCUCCACGGUCUGCCCGAGCACCGCCAGCCUCCCAGGCUCCAGCAACCACAGGUCCAUUCUUCUGCACGAGCCCCUCUGUCCAGGUCCAUCAGCACAGUCAGCUCGGGGUCUCGGAGCAGUACAAGGACAAGUAACAGCAGCAGUUCCUCUGAACAGAGACUGUUAGGACCAUCUUUCUCCUCGGGGCCUGUUGCUGAUGGGAUAAUCCGUGUGCAGCCCAAAUCCGAGCUCAAGCCGGGUGAGCUUAAGCCCCUGAGCAAGGAAGAUUUGGGCCUGCAUGCCUACAGGUGUGAGGACUGUGGCAAGUGCAAGUGCAAGGAGUGCACCUACCCUAGGCCUCUGCCAUCAGACUGGAUCUGCGACAAGCAGUGCCUUUGCUCAGCCCAAAACGUGAUUGACUAUGGGACUUGUGUGUGCUGUGUGAAAGGUCUCUUCUAUCACUGUUCUAAUGAUGACGAGGACAACUGUGCUGACAACCCGUGUUCUUGCAGCCAGUCUCACUGUUGUACACGUUGGUCUGCCAUGGGCGUCAUGUCCCUCUUUUUGCCUUGUUUAUGGUGUUAUCUUCCAGCCAAGGGUUGCCUUAAAUUGUGCCAGGGGUGUUAUGACCGGGUUAACAGGCCUGGAUGCCGCUGUAAAAACUCAAACACGGUUUGCUGCAAAGUUCCCACUGUCCCACCCAGGAACUUUGAAAAACCAACAUAGCACCAUUAAUCAGGAAUAUGACAGUAAUAAGGAUUGUUCCUUUUUUUUUUUUUUUUUUAACACAUAUGCAACCAACUAAAUAGUUAUAAUCUUGGCACUGUUUAAUAGAGGGUUGGGAUAUCCUUCGCUGUUUGCAGUGAAAUGCUUUUUGUCCAUGUGCCAUUUUAACUGAUAAUGCUUGUUAGAACUUAGCUAAUGGAGCUCAGAGUUUGGGAUAAGGGACUUGGGGACCCACGUGUUGCAUAAGCUAAAAGCAACAGACACUCCUAGGCAAAGUUUUUGUUUGUGAAUAGUACUUGCAAAAUUUGUAAAUUAGCCAAUGACGUUUUUUCCAUUGUUUUCUCCAGAGAUAAUGUGCUAUAUUUUUGUAUAUACAGUAAUAUUCGCAACUGUGAAAAACAAGUUGUGCCAUACUAUAUGGCACAGUCACAAAAUAUUAUACUAAUAUGUUGUACAUUCGGAAGAAUGUGAAUCAAUCAGUAUGUUUUUAGAUUGUAUUUUGCCUUACAGAAAGCCUUUAUUGUAAGACUCUGAUUUCCCUUUGGACUUCAUGUAUAUUGUACAGUUACAGUAAAAUUCAACCUUUAUUUUCUAAUUUUUUCAACAUAUUGUUUAGUGUAAAGAAUAUUUAUUUGAAGUUUUAUUAUUUUAUAAAAAAGAAUAUUUAUUUUAAGAGGCAUCUUACAAAUUUUGCCCCUUUUAUGAGGAUGUGCUAGUUGCUGCAAAAGAGGGGUUACAGAUGCAUAUGUUCAAUAUAAAAUAGAAAAUAUAUUAACGUUUGAAAUUAAA